AAAUCGUCGGUGCAUUCAAGCCGAUAAAUGUCCGCCUAAAUGGAAACUUCACAAAGGUCAUUGUAUUAUGGAAUGCCCAACCAGCUACAUCACCAACAUUACCAACUCACGCUUCUGUCAACAGUGCGAAGGACCCUGUCCAAAAGUCUGUGGAUACGGCACCUCAAUAGUCAACGCAGUAGGACAUUCAGAGACACUGGCUGGGUGUACAGUCAUCAACGGCUCCCUGGAAAUAGGCAUCCGUAGUGGAACGAACAUCAUGAAGGAUUUGGAGAAGAAUUUAGGUAUGAUUGAAGAGGUGACAGAGAAGAUAGUUAUUCGGAUGGCUCACUCCCUGGUCAGCCUUAACUUCUUCAAACGUCUCAAACGAAUUGGUGGACGUGACCUUGAGAAUGGUUUGUAUUCCUUCUACUUGCUAGACAACAGAAACCUGCAAGAGCUUUUUGACAGUCGGAGCUACCCUAACAUCACCAUCGGCAACGGCUCGUUGUUUUUCCACAAUAAUCCCAAGCUCUGUGUGUCCCGGAUCAGAGACUUCCAGGAAAAGGUCAACUUUUUGACCCCGCCGCUGAAGAAUAACUUUGGAACAAACGGAGAUCAAGUGGCAUGUAAUGCUCAAGUCAUCACGGUGGUUGCCUUACCAAACUCUAGUACACUCACUCUUGCAUGGAAACUGGAUAUCGAUCUUAUUAAAGAUAAACGCAAUCUGCUUGGAUUUAUUGUUUCUUAUCGGAAAGCGCCUCAUAAGAAUGUAACAGCUUUAGACGGUGAGGAUGCUUGUGGGACUAGUAUGUGGCAAUCAGUUCUUGAGAAAGCAGAGAACAGGAUCGCCAUUGUGGUUGGAUUGGAACCUUGGACACAAUAUGCAAUAUUUGUACGAGCUUACAUGAUAUCAUCGGCUGAGCAGGGAGCUCAAAGUGAAAUAACUUACAUCACUACCAAGGAGGAUGAACCAGGACCACCGUCUGACCUGAGAGUCCGAGCUAACUCAUCCAGUCAACUCAUGAUUUCAUGGCAACUUCCACAGAAACCUAAUAGUAACAUAACUGCAUACCAGGUACGAUGGAUCAAACAGGAGCUUGCACUCAAUCAGUUCAGAAUGAGAGACUUCUGCAGAGAAAAACCACCAAUGUUACAGACUGAGUUCAUCCCUGAGCCAGAUGAGGAGGACUUUGACAUGAAUAAGACGUGUAAGGAAGGAUGUUGCGCCUGUCCUAAGGACAAAGAAACACUCAAACGAGAAGAAGAAGAAGCUCGCUUUCAAAAAGAGUUUGAAAACUUCUUACAUAACAACGUCUUUCAUCAGAGACCUGGUUCAAGAAAACGUCGCCGUCGUGAUGUCCCAGAUACUCCUAGAGUGACCCUUCCAUCCCUGACCACCCCACCCACUGCUGGACUAGGCAACGACAGUACGCCUAAUCUAAAAGCUCCUAUGGGUACCUCACCCGCCCCUACGCCCUUAGCACCCAAGGAAACAUACGUCUUAGACACAUCAGUGGUUCUGAAUGAUCUUGAGCACUUUUCAGAAUAUAUGAUAGAGGUCCGAGCGUGUAAUAGUGAGCACUGUGGGCUGCAGAUGGCAACGUUUGGGAGAACGUUGGCAAACGCUGAAGCUGAUGAAAUCCCGUCCCCAGUGACGGCUAACUCCACAUCUAAGAAUCCAAAAGAUCGCAGCGUCAAGUUGACAUGGGAAGAACCAAAGAAUCCUAACGGCAUCGUCAUCGUACAUGAGGUGGAAUUCUCUAAGGUGGAUAACACCCCCAAACAGGGUAGUAACUCCAUUGAGGGUAUAUCAAGCAGAGAUGCCAAUGGGGAAACUAUCUCAAACGAGGUAGAAAAGAAGAUUGUGGUGCAAGAUACUUGUUUAACGGAGCAUCAGUUUCUCCAGGAUCAAGGGUACGAAUUGAAAGCUUUAGAUCCAGGGAAUUAUACGGCUAGAGUUCGAGUCAUCUCACUCGCUGGAGAAGGACCAUGGACUGAACCGGUUUUAUUCAAUGUACCUGAACCUCUUAAAGAGAAAAUCAAUGAUAAAGAGUCGGGUCUGGGUGCAAUGGGAGCUACUAUUGGUGUGUGUGUUGCUGUAGUAAUCAUCUUGGUAUUCUUCAUAUGGUUACUGGUUAGAUGGAGGUACAAGAAGAACCAGAUGCCUGAUGGUGUCCUGUAUGCCUCCGUCAAUCCUGAAUAUAUGAGUACCAGUGACAUGUACGUUGCUGAUGAAUGGGAGUUUCCAAGGAACCAGUUGGAUAUAAUCUGUGAGCUUGGUAAAGGUAGCUUUGGUAUGGUAUACGAAGGACACGCUAAGAAGAUCAUUCCUGAAGAAGACGUCUCAACAGUUGCUGUCAAGUCUGUACAGGCUAAUGCAUCAAUACGGGAUCGCAUUGAAUUCUUAAAUGAAGCAUCGGUUAUGAAAGCUAUCCAUACCCACCAUGUAGUGCGAUUACUGGGUGUGGUUUCUAAAGGCCAACCUACCUAUGUCAUUAUGGAAUACAUGGCACAAGGUGAUUUGAAGAACUGGCUUCGAGCUCGCCGACCAGAGAACCAAGCUGAUGUGGCUCUUCAUAACAGGAAGUAUCCACCUACCCUAGCAGACAUCAUCAACAUGGGAGCUGAGGUAGCCGAUGGUAUGGCGUACCUCACUGCUCAUAAAUUUGUCCAUCGAGAUCUCUCAGCAAGAAACUGUCUAGUAUCUGAAGAAGGUACAUGUAAAGUAGCUGACUUUGGUUUAGCAAGAGAUAUCUACCAGUCUGACUAUUAUCGGAAAGAGAAAGGUGGAAUGUUACCGAUCCGAUGGAUGGCGCCGGAAUCAAUUAGAGAUGGAGUCUUCACUGCAAGCUCUGAUGUCUGGUCAUUUGGUGUAUUGAUGUGGGAGAUUGCCACAUUAAGUGAACUGCCAUACCAAGGCAUGUCAAAUGAAGAAGCUGGAGAAUACGUCAAGAAUGGAAACGUCUUAAACAAACCAGACGGAUGCCCAGAUAAACUGGAUGAGAUUAUGGUGAUGUGCUGGCAGUUCAACGAGAAACUCCGCCCAACCUUCUUAGAGAUUAUUCAGUUUGUUGAAGACACCAACAUGGUGUCUUCUAAGUUCGCUAUCAACUCCUUCUAUCACAGCGAUGAAAGACUUCAAGCCACUCAUGAUAAAAUGAAUGCUGAGGAGAUGGAACGAGUUUCAAUCCUUGGAGAUGAGAAAGAUGCUUAUGAAAAUAUGGCGCCUAAGGAAAGGAAACGAACACCUAAAAAUGGACUUGUGCCGGUAAAUGGCCGUCCGGUUCACAAUGGUUCAAGUGACAGCUCAAUAGGCAAAGUUACUGAAUGCUGAAAUGGUGUCACUUUAAGAUAAGUGCUCGUCGAGCAAACAGAGAAGUAUAUAUUUUCGGGGUGUUGUUGUUGUUGUUGUUGUUGUUGUUGUGGAAAUGGUGAACAAAUAUAUGUAUAUUAUGUAUGUGAUAAAUGUUCAGUGCAUAUUUGUUGAAUUUGACUCAAAUCUGUGCAAGACUUUUUUGAUGUUUGGUAUUCAAUGACUAAUUCUUGUUAUUGGAAUAAAUUGAGUAAAAUGGUGUUUUUAUAAUCUGUAUUCACACCAUUGGCUUUUGAUGAAAUAUUCAUAAAUUGUGCAUCAAUAUUCAUAAGUUGAAUAUGCAACUAAUUAGGCUUAUACUGAAUUAUUCACUGAUCAUGCAUACCUAAUGAAUUAUUCAUGAAUUACAAAUGAAUUUACAAAGUGGAUUAAGAAUCUUUUAAAUUUUUCAUGUGUGGGAAGUCAGUGUUUUAGUCAUUGAAAAAUACUGAAUUAUUCAUCUUCCAAAAUGGAAUGAGUUAUUAACGAAUUUGCCAUGAUAAGUGAGAAAUUGCACAAUUCAUGAAUUAUUCAUGAAUUUGACAUUAAGCCAUGAUAGCACAUUGAAUAUUCAUGACUAUGCUAAUUCUAGUAGCAGUCCUUGUGCCUAGAUAGUGACAGGUGUGGAUACAGUAAAAGGUGCUGAGUGGUUGCAAAACAAUCGAUAAAUUGAUAUGUAAUCAAUCAUUUUCUACAUUAAACAUUGAUUAAUUGAUAGAAUAAUUAGAUAUUUUGAUAUUUACUAAAGUGGUCAUGUCUGAUUUGACUCGGAGUACUGUGACAUGAUCGCGUAAUUGUUACACAAUCACUUCAUACAUCUUUAGCAUCCCAGAAACUAUUCCGAUGCUUACAGUUCCUGCAAAUAAUGAUAGCUAGGAAGAUAGGUCAGAGGUCAUCCAGUGUUGUCUAACAGCUUUGGCAGUGUGAGUGGCUAUGUCUUUGUUGCUAGAAUGGCCUUUUCUUCAUCAUUGUGACUGCAGCCAUUGGCAAUAGCCGUAGCCAGAGUCAGUUGAUGUAGAGACAGCCUCGCAAGGAGGUACAGAGAGUCUAGAUCAUCCUCCUUCCCAGGCCUGAAAUAGUACAUGUCAAUACUCCACUGUAAACCAUACAGUCUUCAUUGAGUUCAAGGUUGAUACAGAACCUUAUGCAGAUAUAAGUACUACAAAUUAUUGUCCUUUCUGUGUAUACACAAACAAUGAUUAUUCACAGAUUGUUGUCUUGUUGUCUUGUUUUCUUUCUGAAGGCCGAGUCACACUGCAGCAAUAACGAAAAUGAUAACGAUCAUGACGCAAAGAGAACGC